GAAAGGGAAAAAAGAAUUGAAAAGGAACAGCGGAGACUCUGGAGAGAGAGAGAGAGAGUGAGUGAGAGAAGGAGAAAGUUUUCCCAAGGCAGAAACCGAAAUCAGAAGGCAGAGUGACCAGUGAAGCGUCUCUCGUCACAGUCCACCAGAGGAGAGGAACUCUCUCUUGCUAUCUCUCGCUCGCUCUUGCUUCGUCUUUUUGCUGGAGAAGAAACGGUGAUGGGCGUCGCCGGCUUGCUCUUCUUGAGUGAGAGGUCGACUUCCUGGAUGAGAUGAAGGCAGGACCACCAACACGAUAGCUUUCAUCCUUGUUUGGGCUGCUGACUGGAUACAUUUAUGGCAUCUGCCAGCUUGGGACAUGGGGGUGUAGGGAGCUCCAAGACAGUUAACAAUUUGAGGGGAUCGUCCCAUUCGAUUGAUAGACUUGGAAGAGAUAUGCUUGAGAUGAGGAUUAGGGAUCAAAGGUCUGACCAAGAUGAUGACAGGGAUAUUGAGCCUGAUAUAAUUGAUGGCAUGGGUGCUGAGGCAGGACACAUAAUAACUACAACUAUUGGGGGCCGAAAUGGCCAACCAAAGCAGAAAAUCAGCUACAUUGCAGAACAUGUGGUUGGAACGGGUUCUUUUGGUGUUGUUUAUCAGGCAAAAUGCCGGGAAACUGGAGAAAUUGUGGCCAUAAAAAAGGUUCUUCAAGAUAAACGUUAUAAGAACAGGGAGUUACAGAUAAUGCACAUGCUGGAUCAUCCAAACAUUGUCGCUCUCAAGCACUGUUUCUUCUCUAUAACAGACAAAGAAGAGCUAUAUCUAAAUCUUGUUCUUGAAUUUGUUCCUGAAACUGUUAAUCGCAUAGCAAGACAAUAUACCAAAAAUAACCAGAGAAUGCCACUCAUAUAUGUCAAGCUGUACACAUAUCAGAUUUGCAGGGCGCUAGCUUAUAUACAUAAUUGUGUUGGUAUAUGUCAUCGUGAUAUCAAGCCCCAGAACUUGCUGGUGAACCCCCACACUCACCAGUUAAAAUUAUGUGACUUUGGUAGUGCCAAAGUUUUGGUCAAGGGAGAACCUAAUAUCUCUUACAUCUGUUCAAGAUACUAUCGUGCGCCUGAGCUAAUAUUUGGUGCAACCGAGUAUACUACUGCAAUUGAUAUGUGGUCCACAGGCUGUGUGAUGGCUGAACUACUCCUUGGGCAGCCCUUAUUUCCAGGAGAAAGUGGAGUCGAUCAAUUGGUUGAAAUCAUCAAGGUUCUAGGAACACCCACGAGGGAGGAAAUCAAGUGUAUGAAUCCAAAUUAUACAGAGUUUAAAUUCCCACAGAUAAAAGCUCAUCCGUGGCACAAGGUAUUCCAAAAAAGGCUUCCUCCAGAAGCAGUUGACUUGGUCUCAAGAUUUUUGCAGUAUUCACCAAAUCUUAGAUGCACAGCCUUGGAUGCCUGCAUUCAUCCUUUCUUCGAUGAGUUGCGGGACCCAAACACUCGCCUUCCUAAUGGUCGACCUCUUCCACCGCUUUUCAAUUUCAAACCUCAAGAACUAACCGGCAUCCCUUCGGAAGUCCUUGAAAGGCUUAUCCCUGAACACGCGAGGAAACAGAAUCUGUUUAUGGCGUUGCACUCCUAGAAAGAAGUGCAACUUUGGUAUGUGAGAUCUGUAAAGUUUCCUUUUUUCUUUGUUUCUCCCCCUCCAUUAACGAGGUCCAGAAACACUGGUACUGGUUGCACGUGGAAGAUGAGUUUGUGAUCCUUGCUGCUUGAGGCUUGUUGUAUUCUCCCUAUGCUAUUGUAGUGUUUGCCCUGGUUUUGUUACCGGAAGAACCUUUUAAUAGUUUCAAUGCAAAUGAAGAGUAAAGCUGCAAAAACAAAUCUUUCCAUACAUAAGAAAUCGUACCUUCACGUGGUAUAUUUGCCUGCUGUUGAAGUUGCCACCUGGAUUCUAAUGUCUUAAGCCGGAAGGUGUUCCUUUGA